ACACCGGAAGGCACUUUUGUUCCGAUGCAUGGGCGAGGGAAAUUAAGCGGUUCGCAGAUCAACUCCGCCAGUUGUGAUCACGGGCGAGGUUGUGUUGGGGUGCGAUGCUCAAGUACCGAUAGAUGCGUCUGGAGCCUGCCUUACCAGAGAUAGGCAUUUUCUACAGAGUGCCCUCUCCAACCGGUAAUCCCGUGGGUCGCUCCUGGCCCCGGGCUCCCCCCGCCUGCGGAAAAAAAAAAAAAGAAAUAACAGCAUUUGGCGAGGCCAGAUAGCAUUGGUACAAGUACCCCGCUCGUCGACAAGGUUGUCGGUAAGGGGGCUUAUUGACCGGCAGCGACAUUCGAUACAUGGCCUCUGAAAUUUUCAUGCUCCGGAUGUUCAAAACUCCUCCUCCUUUAUUCCUAGAACUCUGACGGACUCAACAGCUUCUUCCAUCGUGCAAACCUUCCUCUUCAAAAUGUCGUCGUCGCGACCCGACUCCCACCAUCCUCCGUCAUACGACGACGCGGAUGAUCCAUUGAUAUCAAAGACGGAAAAGCCGGCCGCGCUCCCGAUAUCAUUCGAUAGCCGGGAGCAGUUCUGGUGGAACAUGAUUUCUCUUUCAGGGAGAUGCUUGACAACGGCUCUUUCCCUAUCACUUCUUGUUAUGGGUCUCCUGAUCUUUUCACGGAUGGGUGAAUUGUCGCGCUGGGAGCAGCGAGGGUUCAAUACUAUUACCAUUCUGCUUAGUGCUUUCGCGAGUUUGGGCCUUGGAUCUAUGUUAGGAUAUUUGGGGUCUAUGCUGAGAUGGCCUCUGCUUGCCAGGGGAAAGUAUAGAAUGCAGGACGUAUGGGAUGCCCCUUUCCAACUAAGACCCUGACCGGUUUUGAUGGUCGAGAUAUAGAUUGAGUUGCUGCUUGCAAUGCCAUCCCCCGGCGGCUCGGCUGCGCUUAUUUUUGCACAUUUUCGGGAAUGGAGAUUUUCCAUGACAACUUUCAUUGUCCUGAUAUAUCUCCUCGUGAAUAUUACUGGAAGGUUUAGUGUUGCAAUCUUUGGGUUGACAUUCAACUUGGCGGAUAUCCCCAUCGUGACACCUCCUACCCUUGUCACAGAUUGGGACUCCACUGUAUUGCUCUCCAAGAACGCUACGGAUUUUAGGGUGGAUGGGAAGGAGCUCCGUAAGAACCCCAUUCUCCCCAGGGAUACUUAAUUUUCUUAGCGACUUUAGCUGACCCAUCGUGUAGGGUCGUACCUGGAUCUGGCUGAAGGUGGUUUAGCUGUGCUUACCCGACGGCCAGAGAUUGAGUUUAACAUUACUGGGUUCCUGAACUUGACGGAGGGUACACUAUACACCCUCGCCGUUGAUGGCGCGUCUCUCGAACAACACGGUAACGGGGUGGAAUUCAUUUAUGAUAUAAAUGAUGUCAACGGAACGGACCAAGUAUCGUCGGACCAUGCUGUACACUCCUCUGCUAGCUGUACUAUGUUCCGGGUUGACGGGAGCGAGUACUGGAAAGACUACAACAGUAGUGAUCAAGCAUCUAAGAGUAAGUUUUACAUAACCCCAUGGAUUACUCACCGAGGGAAGGUUUUAUGAGGCUUACAUUGGUUUUGGAAACAAAGAUUGGGAAGAUGGGAGCAACGGGGAGGAUAUUGCCGAAGUAAUGAGGACACUGUAUAACCAAGGUGCUUGGGCUGGGGGAAGUUCUGAAUGGGUUACUUGGGCAGCACCGCUGACCGGGAGGUCAGAUGGAUCGUCCAUAACUUGUGAGAGGGCAAUUACCAAAUUUUUAGAAAUAGUUUGAACUGAUACAUUAUACUCUAGAUGUGGUAUAUGAUGCUACGGUCUGGGAAUGCACCUCGACCCUUUUUGAGAGGCAGGGGGAGGCCCCUCACCCAAUGCCACUAUUUAAUUCAGCCUCUCUUUUUCUCUUACCAGUUUCGAACGAGGUAGAACCUGGAAAAGUAUUUUCAACCUCUGUUCUCACUAGCACAACAGAAGUCGUCCACGAGCAUCCGGAAACAUACACAAGAACCUCUGUGACUAAGAGCACUGCUACCGGUACUCGAAAGCCUGGAGCAGCAACCUCCACCACGGUCUGGACGGAAACUAGUACAUCGCUGUCCACAGAAUACAGGACUCGGACGGCCACUGUGGAGCCUCUUAGGGCGGGUAAGACCACGUCAAUUGCUUAUCGGUGGUUCGGGGAACUUCAAAGCCGCACGUCUCCCUCCGUCGGCGUGCAAAUGCUCGAUUUUUACGGGUAUGACGAAGGGGGUUCCGCUACUCAAAAGGAAUACUACAACCUCUACGUCGCUGCCUUGGUAGCCCGCCUUCCCAUCGCCGCAAUAGCGUACGGAAACCUAGUAUUCCCGCUCAAGCCGAAGGACCCGAAAGCCCGCGCAACCAGACGUGUCCUAACAACACUGGAAGUAAAAUGGCGUAGGGUCGGCAUCGCAGCCGGUAUCGUGGUCCUGGGCCAGGUUCUUGCGAUCGUGGCUGUCCUCUAUUACUGCCGGAACGUGUAUGUCCGAGAGGAUACUCAUCUGGCUACCGCUGAGUUAUUGAAGACAGUAUUGAAUAAGAUUGGCGACGGAAGUAUGAUGACUACGAUGGAAUUGGAGAAUGCUUUGGAUAAGGCGCUGAAGGGUCCCGUUAGCUAUGGGACUGUCCCGGGGGGGCAAGGAGAUUACCCGCAGGUGGCUUUGGGCCGCAAUGUGAAUUAUGACUUCCCCGGAUAUCCACUUCCCCGAAAGCGCGGGGUUUUCCGGCAGUGAGAGAGGAUGGUAGUGGUGGUGGUAGUGGUUUGAGGGUGUUUUGUGGUGCUAGUGCUAUAAGGGGCUUGGUUUACAUGGGGGGCUAUCUUAAGAUGGAAGAAGAAGGAAUUAGUCCGUAGCGGAUGGGCUCGAGAUUUCCCCUAGUCAUGUUCUACGGAGUGUGGUGUGGCUUGUCGGGAUGUGGCUGGGGGCUGCUGCAUUCAUGGAGUUAGUAUUUAGGAGCAUCUUGGAUUUAUGAAAUUUGAACGUCUGCAUUUUUCUAACUCU